UGCUGCGAAACCCUUGUAACAUACUGGAUGAACUGACAGGAACUUUGGUACGCACCGAGGGGGACUGCUCAUCCAAGUGGAUCUCAAAAGUAUAGAACUUGGGAUAAGCUAAAAUGGGUCAGAGCCAACGUCUCAAGAUGAUCAAGAUACAGCACGGUUAGAAGUUGUGUGAACUGCGAUGGAUAGUUCAACUGGCCAUUCACAUGCCUUGUUAGUUGCAGCAACUUUUAUCUUCGUCUUCAGUCUCACGAUUCCGCCAUUAAAUUCAGGUGAGAGCCUGAAGCAGGGAGAGAUGGUUCUGGGCUCCAGGCCUCCGGAUUGUGUGGCCAAGUGCUUCGGAUGCACACCUUGCUUGCCGACUCUGGUUGUUGCAGGCUACCAGAAGAAGCAUUUCGGGACACCGUCACUUGAAGAUCACAGCCACAACUUCCGGACAGAAUGGUUCAGAACAUCGCCGUUACAUGAUGAGGGCAAUAGUUACUAUCUCCUCUCCUGGAGAUGCAGAUGUGGAGACAAGAUCUUUCAUCCUUAGACUCCAGCGAAACGAAUGUACCUGGAAUUAGUGUUAUGUAGGAAGGAUAUGGCCCUUCUGUGGCGCGAUUCCGUCGAUGUCCCCGACUCCAAGACUAGUGUGGGGUCUUUAAUUGCACAAAAGCUGCGAACAUAUCCUAAGUAAUGAAGCUGCUUCUCUGUAUUAAUUCCUACUCGUCCUAGUGCAAUUUACUUGAAAAACUUUGGGCGAGCAAUCAAGAGGCGGAAAACAAUCCGGCGUGAAUGCGAAUGGAUGGAUCAUGGACGCGAGGCUCAUUGUCAUGUCGCCAUGAGCAGAUGAAAGUUCAUGGAGAAAAGCAGAGAGGGGCUUUUGGAA